UAAUUUGUCAAUGUUCAAUGUUGACAUGUUUUUGUAAAUAGGUUAUUUAUACAGCGAAAAUAUUGUAAUCUUAGUUAUCCUUAUGACAUAUUGACUGUAGUUAUGAAAGUAUCAAAAUAAAUUAAGCGAAUAUAGGAAACCAAAAAUAAUGUCUGAAAUAGAAGCGACUUAUGUUGUGGUCGGCGGAGGCAUAGCUGGCGUUACGUGCGUCGAAACCCUCGCAAUAUUACACCCAGAAGAAACACUUGCAAUAAUUACCGCAUCUUCUUUAGUGAAAAACGUAAGUAACGUGAGUUUUUAUGCCAAAACCAUUGUCAAGUUCGAUGUAAACGAAACAGAAGCAAGUUCGUUGAUGAAGGUUCAUCCAAAUUUAAAAAUUAUUUAUGAUUCCCUAAAACAUGUUGAUACAGAAAAUCAAAUUGCCUACACACAUGCAGGUGAUAAAAUAAGGUACAAAACUAUGUGUUUAUGUACCGGUGGGAUUCCUAGACUCAUCAGAGACUCACACAAAAGUAAUAGAAUACUUGGAAUAAGGGACACAGAAUCAGUAAUAGAAUUUCAACAGAAGCUCAAGACUGGCCGCAAAAUGGUGAUUGUUGGCAAUGGAGGAAUUGCAUCUGAAAUCGUUCAUGCUACAUCAGGCAUCCAGAAAGUUUGGGUCAUCAGAGAUGAUUAUAUAUCAGCCACUUUUAUUGACCCUGGAGCUGCUGAAUUUUUCCAAAACACUUUUAAAAAUAAAGAAGUUCAACCUGAUCAAAAGACAGUACUAAGAAGACAUGUCUUCUCAGAGGAAGAUCAUGUUGUUUCUCUUAACAAAGAUUUAAAAUCAGCUGCAUUAGGUCCUGAUUGGUACAGAAAGUUGGAAGGCAAUAAAAAUGAUAGAGGUGUACAAGAACUAGAGAUAAUUUAUAAAGUUGAAAUAGGUUCAGUUGAAGAGACCAGUGACAAGGAAUAUCCUCUCCAAGUGUUACUUACCAAUGGGAGGACUAUAGAAUGUGAUUUUGUGAUAUCUGCCACUGGUGUAGAGCCUGCUGUAAAUUUUACCUGGGAUAAAGCACCUACUCAAGGACCAGAUGGUGGUUUAAAUGUAAAUGAGUUCCAGGAGACAUCAAUCAACAAUGUGUAUGCUGCAGGUGAUGUGGCUCAUGCUGCUUGGGAACAUGCUCCACAUUGGUUCCAGCUUAGGCUAUGGACUCAAGCAAGACAAAUGGCUGGAAUGGCAGCCAAAGCUAUGCAUGGUAAAAUAACCAAUGAGGCUGUAUUGCAAGAUUUCUGUUUUGAACUAUUUAGCCAUUGCACCACUUUAUUUGGGUAUCAAGUGAUUUUAUUAGGCAAAUACAAUGCACAAGGAUUAGGAAAAGAGUAUGAAAUAUUAUUACGCAUGACACCUAAUAAAGAAUACAUAAAAUUGGUACUUCAAGAUGGAAAAUUACAAGGAGCUAUACUAAUUGGGGAAACCGACUUAGAGGAAAUGUGUGAGAAUUUAAUUCUUGACCAGUUAGACUUGACACCUCUUGCUGAUCAAAUUUUGGAUCCUGAUAUUGAUAUUGAUGAUUAUUUUGAUUAAGUAUAAUGUGUAAUCGUUUUUUUUUUAUUAAAUAGUUUAUGUUUUGUUAAA